AGUAUCCAAAUUCCUAAACUCACUCAAUUUUCACUCAUUCACAGACUCUCUCUCUGUUCUGUGCAUGAACUGAGACCUACUCUUGAUCAAUGCUCCUCAGAGGGAAACAUGAGCAUGACUAAUCUGGGCUGGUACGGCCUUUUCCUCUCAUUUGACUCCUACCUUUAUGAGCUCUCUCUCUCUCUCUAUAUAUCUCCGACGUCCCUUUUGUCUCUCACCGACUAUUCUACUGUACCUUUCUCUCUGCCAUCUAUUUAUUACUCACUUUCAGACCCAGCCCCUGCCUUAGCCUCCCAACAAAAGAAACAGACUGAUCAAACAACUCAAAGUUAGAGAAAAAUGCCCCCAGCAACUUCACCAAGAUGGUGCCCAACCCCAGAGCAAAUCAUGAUCUUGGAAGAGAUGUACAGGAGUGGGAUUAGAACUCCCAAUUCUUCUCAGAUUCAAAAGAUUACUGCCCACCUCUCUUUCUAUGGUAAGAUUGAAGGCAAGAAUGUCUUCUACUGGUUUCAGAACCACAAGGCAAGAGACAGACAGAAACUCAGAAGGAAACUCAGUAAGCAAUUGCAGCAACAGCAACUCCAUUAUUAUAAUCAUGAGCAGCUUAAUCAGCAAAACCAACUCUUUCUUGGCUACCCUGAUAAUCAUCAGUCUCAUGGUUCUUCUGCUCUUCAACAACUUUCCUAUGAAAACUCAGUUAGCUUUCUUCCCCAGGGAGGAAGCCGAGAUGUAGGUAGUGCAUCAACACAAGCGACGCAAGAUAUAACGUGGAAGCAGGUAGAUAUCCCUGAUGAUCAGAUGGGCGAGAUAGACAACUCAAAGAUGACAACCUAUGACUAUGAUUGGAAUAAGGAGAUCACGGUGGAAAUGGAUCCAAUAUUUUCACCACGUUGCCCUACUUCCCUCCAGACCCUUCAACUCUUCCCUGUUACAGCCACCAAUCUCAAAGAAGACUAGUGCAUUACCACCAAGCAUCUGCAUUCUGCGCCUCACUAACCAAAACCUACUGCAUGAAAAUCCUCUCUCUCUAUCUAUCUCUCUGUGUGAUCUGUGAUGCCAUAGAGAUAGCUUUUUUAAUAUUUCUGUACGUGACUUUUUAUUUCUGUGUCUUGGUUUCUGCAAUGCUUCUAGCUAGGCUUAUAAAGAUCUCAGUUGUCUAGCUAAUGAGCAAUGUCCUACAUAUCGUACUAUGAACAUGUGUUUGCAGUUUGCACUGUGUUAAUUUCAUGAGUUAAGAAAUCUACGUUGGGAAUCAUAAUGGAGUUGUUUUCUUUC